AAGCAGGACACUUGCCCGAUAGGAGUUGUUGCCAGGCAGCGUGGAGUUGCACAGGUAGCUACCCUCAUCUCCAGGCAUCACGCCCCUGAUGUUCAGACUCCCAUCAUGCAGCACUGUGAGGCGCUGUCCGGCGGGUGAAGGGCUCGGCGAGGAACCGACACCUCGACUGACUUCUCGUCCAUUUUUCAUCCAUGUCGUUAAAGUCGGUGUUACAUUACCGUCGGUGUAACACGGAAGUAGAGCGAUAUCGCCCGGUGCGGCCGUCAGGGCCGUUCCGGUGGAGCCAUUAACCGAAACUGCCGCUUUGACCAGAAGAGGGAGAAAAAUAGAAAAACACCGUGAGGAGGACUUUCAGACUCACCUGUGUUACCUGUCUGUCUGGUCGCAGUAAAAACUCACCUGUUGCAGAUAAACACAGUUGUAGAAGCGCUACAGUUGCGACUGUCUUCAUGUUAACUUUCCAAAUAGCUACAUCGCCCUCAAACAAAAGUGAACAUAAGGUUUCUAACCCAAACCUGUGUGACUAGUCCACCUGUGUGAGCACGUCUGUAACACACAGCAGCACAGUGGACACCAGCACGCCCAUUAUAAACCUUAGAAAGACUACAGUGUAAGCAGAGGUGACCAGUCUGACAUGAUGUGACUUCUGGCGGACGUGCUUUGUUUACUAGAGCAUGCUGAUCCGGAACCUUUGGCACGAUAAACCACACCCUGACCUCACCUUGUUAAAGGUGCAGAAUCGUCCCACCGGCAUCGAGUGGGAAGGAUGUGACUCCAGUAAGAUGUACACUUUGGCCUUGACCGACCCUGAUGCUCCCAGCAGGAAAGACCCCAAAUUCAGGGAGUGGCACCACUUUCUGGUGGUCAACAUGAAAGGGAAUGAUGUGUCCUCUGGCUGCGUCAUGUCGGACUACGUGGGAUCUGGUCCUCCCAAGGGCACAGGUCUCCACAGAUACGUGUGGCUGGUGUACGAGCAGCCAGGCAGCCUGUCCUGUUCUGAGACCGUCCUCACUAACCGUUCCGGAGACGGCCGCGGCAAGUUCAAGAUCAAGAGCUUCAGGCAGAAAUACGACCUGGGAGCCCCGGUGGCGGGAACCUGCUACCAGGCCGAGUGGGACGACUACGUCCCCAAACUGUACGAGCAGCUGGCCGGAAAAUAAAUAAAAAGACUCAACUCCAGAGCGUUCUGCACUAGGAAUUCCCACAGAGGCUGCUGGUCUGUAGGAUAUUCCCAUUCUUGCAAGAAGCAAAAAAAACCCAACAGUAACAAAGCAUUUUUUUUUUUUUAGUGUGCCACUGAAUAUUUUUUUUUUCUCCCCACUGUUGCCUACCCAUGCUGUGACACACAUAACCGCUCCUCUCAAUGACGUCACCUGCACUAUUCUGCAAUAAAUCUGUUAAACACUGAAA